AUGGACUUCCAAAACAGAGCGGGUGGAAAAACAGGUGGAGGUGGUGUUGCAUCGGCUGCAGAUGCUGGCGUUGAUCGUAGAGAGCGGUUGAGGCAGUUGGCUUUGGAAACAAUUGAUUUGCAAAAGGAUCCCUAUUUUAUGCGGAAUCAUUUGGGCACGUACGAAUGCAAAUUGUGUUUGACAUUACACAAUAACGAGGGAUCAUACCUGGCGCAUACUCAAGGCAAAAAGCAUCAAUCAAACCUUGCAAGAAGAGCAGCGAAGGAAGCUCAGGAACAGCCAUUCUUGCCUGCACCUGUGCAGCCAAAGGUAGAGAUGCGGAAAUUUGUAAAGAUUGGUCGACCUGGAUACAAGGUAACGCGUGAACGUGAUCCAGCCACUGGUCAACAAGCGCUUCUCUUUCAAAUAGAUUAUCCGGAGAUAGCCGAAGGAAUUCAGCCUAGACAUCGCUUUAUGUCGGCAUAUGAGCAGAAAAUUCAACCACCGGAUAAGAGGUUGUGGCAGUAUCUUCUUUUUGCUGCUGAGCCGUACGAAACAAUUGGAUUCAAAAUCCCAUCAAGGGAAGUCGAUAAAUCUGAAAAAUUCUGGACUAUGUGGAAUAAAGACACGAAGCAGUUCUUUCUUCAGGUAAUGAUUUUUGAAAUUCAUUUGUGUUUGUCGACUUUUUAA